AACAAAAAUGAUAAGAGCCUGAAACAUGGCAAAAUAUCAUAUAAGACUAUUGCAGUCGGUGGCUCACUUCGGUUGUGUCUUGUUGUGAUUUUCAUUUAUUUAUUUUUAUGGUUGUAAAAUUGUAAAUAGUUUCCUAUUUGUAAAAUUGAAAAAUAGUGUAGAAAAAUGCUUUUACAAAAUGUGUUGAGAAUAUCAAUGAGACGUGCGCUUCGUAAACAUGGAACAGUGUUAAUGUUUGUCUUAAUUGUAAUGUUGACGAUUUGCUGGCUGAUGCUUGAUUCAAUGAUAUCUCACGAUAAACAAAUCAAAAUUUCGCCACGGCUGCAGCAUCAUAUAGUACAAAACACAAAUGAAAUUCAAAUAGAUACAAUUGAGGUAGAUAAUGGUAACGUCGUUCCAGAUGUACCAAAAUCACAUGUGCACUCAGAUUUACAUUCAAUCAAAGUGUCAAAAGAUCAUAUAGAAGAUUUUCCAAAUGGUGAGGAUCGUGAUCCAAUUGCCAGAAAACGUCGACUCAAAAUACGGGAAAUGACAUUACACGCAUGGACCAACUACAAAAAAUUUGCAUGGGGCCACAACGAAUUGCGCCCACUAACAAAAUCCGGUCACAAUGGAGUAUUUGGAGCUAGUGAAUUGGGAGCAACCAUUAUUGACAGUUUGGAUACUCUGUAUAUAAUGAAUUUAAAGCAACAAUAUCAAGAAGCUCGUAAAUGGGUUGCGGAACAUUUUACACUCCAAGGCAAGCAUGUACAAAUGUCUGUAUUUGAAACCAAUAUACGGUUUGUGGGUGGUCUUAUAACCAUGUAUGCAUUCACUGGAGAUCCCAUGUACAAAGUAAAAGCCAAAGAAGUUGCCGAUAAACUGCUUCCAGCAUUCGAAACCGCAACUGGCUUGCCGAAGUCGUUAGUUGAUAUUGGAACAGGUAUAAGUAAAAAUUAUGGAUGGAGUGGCGGCAGUAUAUUGUCUGAAAUUGGGACGUUACAUCUCGAAUUUGCUUAUUUGAGUGACAUAACUGGAGAUCCAAUAUAUCGUGAUCGCGUUUUAAAAAUCAAUGAAUUCUUGCGAGAAAUUCCAAAACCGAAUGGACUUUAUCCGAAUUAUAUAGAUCCCUAUUCAGGAAAAUGGGGACAGCAGCACAUCGGAUUAGGCGCUUUUGGAGACAGUUUUUACGAAUAUUUGCUGAAAGCUUUGAUUCAAUCGAAUAACACUGACACGGAUGCUCGGAGAAUGUAUGAUGAUGCAAUGGAUGCUGUUGCUAAUAAUCUCAUUCAUACGACAAGCAAUGGAUUAGUAUACGUAUCCGAUAUGAAAUACGGACAAGCCGAAGACACAAUGGAUCAUUUGGCAUGUUUCUCCGGUGGUCUUUUUGCAUUGUCGGCGGCCACUCAGACAAACGAAAACUCAGAAAGAUUUAUGCAGAUAGGCAAAGACAUAACAAAUACAUGCCAUGAAAGCUACAUCAGAACCACAACUCAUAUAGGACCAGAGAGAUUUCGAUUCAAUGAAAACUUCGAAGCACAAGCAGCACCCCAUGAUGAUAAACGGUAUUUGCUG